UGUAUUUUAAAAACAAAUUUUCACUUUAUUAUGGUUGCAGUCAUUUACAGGGCUGGUAGAAUAUUAAUGACACAAGAAUUUAAAUGUAUUUAUUGUUUUACCAAGUGCUUCUCCUCUUGGGGGAUCCCAACGCAGACAACAGGGAAACAGUGGGGAGAUGCCAAGUUUAUUUAGCACAUGAGGAUUGCUCAGGUGGAAGGAGGAGUUGUUGCGGUGGGCACUGUAGAAGCCAACGUGGGUAGCCGGCGGUUGUCGGAUUGACAGUUCACAGGGUGAUAAGUGGAGGUAACCGACGAGGGGGCGCUCUGAUCAGGUCCUGGAGGCGAGAAAAGGAUAUCAUGAUCAAAAUCAAUAUACAGUAUCCAGUAUAUUAGGAGUUCGAGAAACAACUGACGGAGAAUUCAGACAAAUUGAUCGGGCAACGUGCUGGUGCGUCUGCUGGGCUUUUAAAAGUGCCUGAUGGUGACUGCUCACAGCUGUGGCUGCACCACCCGUCUGACAUCAGACCUGUAAUCAGGCAAAUUCCCCUCACCUGAGGCAGGGCUCAGCAAGGAGGGGCGGAGGCCCCCGCAUUGAAUGGCAGGGCUAGACAAGAAAAAUGUUGAGUCCACUUUGACGGCCAGCCUACAGGACAGAGGCAAGAGAGUCGUGACCGAGACGUGACCAAGACCAUCAAAACAUGCCAGACUAGUUUUGAGAAUUACCAGACAAGUGUUCCACAGGAGCCCAGAAAACAAUCUCCACUGUUUCACAGAGGAAAAAUGUGAAUAAGUGACUAAGGAACCACAGAUAUACAGGUCCAAGGGCUGGAGAAGAGAGUGGGCUUCUCAGAUCUGGCCCCGGUGGGCUCAGCAAUGAAGACUCUCCCUUACGGCGUUCAACCUGGAGGAGCUGUUAAGCCGCCGUAUCAAACCCGAGUCUUCUCAACCUCCUUCGAUCAGACGCCCAUGAAAGCCAAGCCGCCAACAUACAGUUUCUUCAACCCGUAUGAUGCGGCCAGGAACCAGUCGCUGCUGCUGGACCAGACAGGCUACCGCUCCAAGCGUAAACCUUCGCUGAAGACGGCAAUGAAAACUAAGAAGAUCUUUGGCUGGGGCGAUUUCUACUUUAACGUCAAGACGCUCAAGUUCAGCUUGUUGGUGACGGGGAAGAUCGUGGACCACAUCAAUGGGACGUUCACCGUUUACUUUCGCCACAAUUCCUCCAGUCUCGGGAACGUGUCGGUUAGCAUCGUACCGCCGACCAAAGUGGUGGAGUUUGAGGUCCUCCAGCAGCAGCAGUUCCUGCACCCUCACUCCCAGCAGGAAGUACAGAUCCAGGAAUCCCAUCAAUCCACCAUCGACCCCAAAGAAAUUAAGACAUUCAACUGCCGAGUGGAGUACGAGAAAACCAACAGAUCCAAGAAGCCCAAGCCCUGCCUGUACGACCCGUCUCAGACGUGCUUCACUGAGCAUACCCAGUCCCACGCUGCCUGGCUGUGCGCUAAGCCCUUCAAAGUCAUCUGCAUCUUCAUCUCCUUCUUCAGCAUCGACUACAAGCUGGUUCAGAAGGUGUGUCCGGACUACAACUUUCAAAGUGAGCACCCUUACUUCGGAUAAGCCGAACAGAGACGGCCGUAAUGACGACAAUGAAGGGAAUGAUAGUCAUAUUGAUUACAAGGAUGGAGCAGGGGACAGUUUCUUGCCUCUCCACUGCUGUGAAUUGUGGAUUGAAAUCAAGUACAGUUGUACCUUGACUUACGAGUGCCGCUACUUACACCUUUUUCAUUUGCGUGCGUCAAGGAACCUUCCUUUGUCUAUUCAACAGGAAUAACAAGUGAAAACACUGACGACACUACCUGAAGGCCCACAUCGCAUGAAUACGACAGAAGUGUGUGCGAGAGACUUUCCGCUUGAAUAUUUUAUUUGUUCUUUUACUAUGAUUUUUUUAUUGUUGUAAUUUACAGUACAGUGCUAGUUUUCUUUGUUGACAAUGGCAAAUUGUGGUUCAAUUGGUAAAAUACAUGGAGAUACAAGCUAGGUCAAGGAAUGAAUAAAACUCUUAAGUCAAGGUACUAAUGUACAAUCUAAGUUAUAUAUAAAUGCCAAGGCUGAGUCAUUUCCUCAUUUCCCCAGUCCCUCCCUGAAACAUCAGUAACCUAUGUUUUUGCAGAGAUUUUGUAAAUACUAAUCUUACCUUCGGCGCACUUAUUGUUUUUAAAUUAUUGUUUAUCCAUGGUAUUACAUUUUAAACAUCAGUACCCCCUCCUGAGUAUAAACGAACCGUGGCAGCAGUCACCAUGUAUACGGUAUCUCAAAAAAGUGAGUACACACACCUCACAUUUUUGUAAUUAUUGCAUUUUGAGCUGUCAAAGUUGAAGCUGUCAUAGUUAAUGCUUUAUAAGCGACAGACAACACUUUGUAUAAAUUACCUUUAUGUGAAAAGCAGUUGCUCAAAGUAUUUAAGUUUGCAAAUCGGUAAUUAUUUAGAUAUCUGAUAAUGGAGAAAUUACUGGGUCCCAGCCAUGACAUUGAAAAAAACUGUAACUCGUGCACACAUUCAAAGGCUAGGUUUAUACUGCAGGUCUGAAUGCACUAUUCCGAUUUUUUUUGUCAUAUCUGGUUUUUUUUGGCGUGCUAGUUCAGACUGCCUUUGUCCGUUGAGCACUUUCAAGCAUUACGCAUGCACACUAAUUCCCAGUAUGACACACGCUUGGCAAACUGAUCCGUAUGCGCAGAAGCAUUCAAACCAAUAAUUAAAUACUGCGCAUGCAUGACGCACACACUAGCAUUAUGUGUGUGUGUCAGUUUCCCCCAACUCGGUCAUGUAAGCAUUAGCAAUACUGAAAUAUUGUUCUUUUAGCGCACAGUAAGAAACCGAACAUUAUCAGGCAUAUCCUUUCAUCAUUUUAUUUAUUUAUCUUUUAUGACUGUGGUUAAGCCCGCCUCCUGCGUAGUAAAAGCAGCUCUCGCUCUUUGCUGACAUAAUUGUUGCAUGAAUUCACAUUUUUCGUGCAUUAGGACCUGCAGUAUGAACCUAGCCAAAUAGUUCGUGCACACGAGCUACUACUUUGUGUGAACUGAUUUCUAAUUCGUGCGCACGAUUUGAUAGUUUGUGCACAGAAAGUAUUUUAUUCAUGUGCACGAAAUCAAAUAGCGAGCUCACGAAGUAGAUCUGACACCGUACGGGACACGUCGAAUUUCAUUGUAGGCUGGGAAUGAGCUAUAAAUGCAUAUAGAAAAGCUUGGCAUUGCGAUGAGAUAUUUUUUGCGAAAUACAUUUAGACAGAAUACUGAGAGCCAGGUUGCUUUAUCAGUAGACUUGAACGCCGGCAUAGGUUUAAUUGUUUAUCAACAACAAAUCUGUGGAAGGGGUCACGGUUACCGGUGGGUGUAUACAAAAUGUAAACAACACAAUAUUUCUAUCCUCCAUAGCUUAUUCCCAGCCUGAAAGGAAAUUUGAUCAUUUCUUCCCUGUUCAUCGUGUAGCUUUAGCCAAAAGAACAAAGAAAAGCAGCUCGAUGUUUUUACUCUCGUGUCCUGUAUUGUGUCAGAUCUAACUCGUGAGCUCGCUGUAAUGAUUUCAUGCACAUAAAUAAUGUUUGAACACAAAACAAUGGCACCACUUUUUAAAAAGGAAUUAUGUGUUUUUCCAUAUAAAUAAACAAAAUUCUUUCUGCAGGGAUGCACAUUAUAAAGACGUCUGUCCCUUUAACUAAAGAAAAAGUUAAAGCUUUAAAUUUGGCAGUAAUAUAUACAUCUAAUAUACAUAUAUUUGACAGAAUUAAUAUUUCGGUAUAUUAAUAUUUUAUAUACAGGGGUGCACAUAAGUGGUCCGCAUGCGCGCAUGCGUACUGCACGUAGACAAACGCGCUGGCCCUCAACGGCUUCCAUACGCUUAUACGUACCGAUGGCUGACCACUGUAUUUGCGUCGGACACGAGAAAAUAACUUCUGAAAAUGUCGAAGAGGCAGGCCCCACUGAGUAAUUAUUUCCGUGUUCCCCCAACCCCGUCAAAAGACAGACAGACGACAGAGACAUCACCGGAGCUGCCGAAAAAAAGGACUUUUGCUGAAAAGUGGCUGCAGGAGGUACCAUGGCUAGAAGCAAAUGAUGCUCGCACGGAAAUGCGGUACAAAAUGUGCCGUGAGAAACCCAAUGUCGCUGAUAAGAGCAGCGCAUUUUAUGUAGGGUCAAAGAAUUUCAGCCAUCCAAACUUUGAAAAGCACGGAAAAAAACAGUGCCAGUUGAUGUUAAUCAAGCAUUAAUUGUUAAUAUAAUUAAAGUUAAUUGGCUCUAAGUAAAGCUUGUCAUAAUUUUAUCACAUCAGGCGGGUCGGCUCUCAAGCUCAAUGAGGACCAAGUCACAUCUCCAGGUCCUCCUCUGAGAACCUGGGCAAAAAAAAUAUGUGCACCCCUGAUUAUAUAGAUACAAUAACAUUAGAUAUUAGCAAAAUGUUUAACUUUGACAGCUCUAAUUGCAUUAGACAUUCAUGUAGCAUCUCCUCGAAAAUGACACAUUGUUGCAAUGUAAAGUAGUCAAUGUAAAUCUUGCUUAGCAGGGUCUAUCUACUGACCCAUGAAAUACAAUAAAUCCACACACAAUCGUCAAUAUCGAAACUGCUCGCAACAAGAGUACAUUCCUAAGUGACAAUUAGUCACACCAAUUUACACUAAUGUUAGCUGUGUAUUUACGUUUGUGAGAUACUUCAUGGCAACAGUAGUGUUUUUGAUAGACUGUUAAUCAUCCCCUGUGCCCUACAUUUCUAUCCUAUAAGAGAGUUAUAUGUAUGAGAAAUGCUAUGCUGGAUAUGCAUACAAUAUGCUGUAUGAACAAAAAAAAGCACAUUAAAAUAUUUUAAACCAUCUUCCAACUGAAUUUCUUUUUUCUUUUCAAAGGCCACAAGCACA